GGCAAUUAUUUUGGUGACCCGGUGGAAAAUGCAGGAUGGGGUCAUUCGGGUCAUUUACAAACAUGGCGUGGAGGGGUUGCAUUUUGAGAUGGUUUAGAAGUGACAUUUCAAUUACAGCAUCCACAGGAAACAGAUUCUCCAUUAACACUCAACAGAGAUGUGGCUUCAGGAAAGCAGUGAAAGAGACGAAGACUAAGAAAGGGUCGGUUGAAGAGACAGGGUCCUCACAUGCAGAGCAGAGUGAAGGGCUUAUCCACAAGAAGGGUGCAUCGCUCCCUGCGGAAACCCAACUGGCAUACACACCCCCGAGAAACUUUGGCCAACUGGUCAAGCCCUUGGUGUUUACAGUUGGGUUUACAGGCUGUUCAUUCGGCACAGCAGCAAUCUGGCAAUAUGAGUCACUGAAGUCCCGGGUCCAGAGCUACUUUGACGAGGUCCGGGCCAACUGGCUGGAGAAAAUACGUCCGCAGAAACAGGGGGAUCUUCGCAAACAGAUCAACCAGUGGUGGAACAGCUUAAGUGAGGGCCAUCGUACGGUUUCAGGGAUCAUAGCUGCUAAUGUUGUAGUGUUCUGCUGUUGGAGAGUGCCAUCCCUUCAACGUUCCAUGAUGAAAUACUUCACAUCAAACCCUGCCUCCAAAACACUCUGUCUGCCCAUGCUACUGUCUACGUUCAGCCACUACUCCUUCUUCCACAUGGCAGCUAACAUGUACGUCCUAUGGAGCUUCUCCUCCAGCAUUGUCUCCAUUCUGGGGAGGGAACAGUUCCUGGCCGUCUAUCUGUCUGCAGGCGUCAUCUCUACGAUGUUCAGCUAUGUGUGUAAGACAGCCAGCGGGCGCUUGGGUCCAUCUCUUGGAGCGUCAGGAGCCAUAAUGACUGUCUUGGCUGCCGUCUGUACGAAAAUGCCAGAGGCUAAGCUGGCCAUCAUCUUCCUACCCAUGUAUGCUUUCUCCGCAGGAACGGCAUUGAAAGCCAUCCUAGCCAUGGACACAGCUGGCCUAUUUUUAGGCUGGAGGUACUUUGACCAUGCUGCCCAUUUAGGCGGUGCUCUUUUUGGCAUGUGGUACAUCAUGUAUGGCCAUGAGCUUAUCUGGAAGAACCGCGAGCCUCUGGUGAAGGUAUGGCAUGAUCUGAGGACGAAAGGUCCUGGCAGGGGAGGAAGUGGCGGCAGCGGACCCUUAUAGAGCUGGACUGGGUAACUUAAUACAUAUGGACUGACUGGCCCACCUGGUCUGGUAUGAUUCAUAUGUAACAGAUCAGGGAAGAGCCCCAUCGCCAACAGAACAAUUUCGAUUAAUAAUGAAAAGUACAGCUCUCCAUUUCUCUCACACAGGUGAUCUCAUACAUGUAUAUUCCAUUAGCAAUGUUCUCUGGCAUUGUCUGUCUUUCUCUCACUAUUUCACAUUAAAUUGCAAAUCGAAGAAUGUAUGACAAACAGUUGUUUACAUUGUCAAAGCAUUAUUACAACAAACAGUCAAACAUACAGAGUACAAACACAAAAUAUACAGAAUUAAGACAAGUUCAGAGAUUUUAUAGUGUGCUAUAAAUUCUGUGUGUGUGUCUCUUUGGCACUGUCUCUCUCACUGGCUCUAUCCUUCUCUUUGGUGUACACAAUCAGGCAGCGUUGCCAGGACACACACAUUGCAAGGACACACAGUUGAUUUAUAUUAGAGACGGUAUUCAGAAAACACGGAGUUGGAGUGUGGCUCUUAAAUUAGCUUUCAUAAUGAAUAAGAUUAAAUGGAUAGGAGGGACCUGAUCCUAGAUCAGCCCUUCUUUGAGACACAUUCUAAAAACAGGCCCUGGAGUCUGUUGUCAUUUGUUUGUGCUUAGGUUGCCUAAACCCUAUGACAGAGCUUUGGAGCUACAGAAGCAAUGAUGUCACAGUGUUUUGUAUGAUCGAAGGCACACUAGUUCUCUGGCCCGGCAAUUCCCACAUGUUUUAUGUUUGUGAAAUGAUUGUAGCGAUCAUUUCACAAUGCUUGUUUGUUUUGAACAAACCAUUUCAUCCUGCUCUGAAAAUGGAAGAUAAGACUAAAAUAUGUACAGGAAUUUUGUUGAAAGUUAUUGUUUGUUAUUUGAACCAAAUAAAACAUUUAUUUAGAUUG